GGGCAUUAUGCUCGCUUCUUAAGCAUAUAUUCCCUCCCCAGCGUUCAUUCCUUUCAUAGACCUAUCCUGAAGUGGUUGAUACACCAUCUGACAGAUACGUCUCCUAUUGUUGUCCCCUUAUCGAUUAGAUUCACCCUUUUCCGGAGGCCUUCAUCGCACUCGGUCGGCGCUCAAUAAUUGCGGACCGGCUUCUCAUUCAUUAAAACAACCACCGAAGAUCAUUGUCUCAAUCGUGCCCUUGCUAUCUGCAAUAUGACCGGGCCUACGAUACAGGAUCGCACUAGCGAGUUUCAGGCAAUCCUCGGUCAAGCCCAGAAACGCGCGGCGUCAUCGAAAGUUGGGUCUCAGCGGCAGGCGCUAUUAACGGACUCUCAGCGACAGCAGGCGAAUGGAUCUCCCAACGGGACUGCGGCAGGUGGCAAGAGGAGGUCGGAGUUUGCUCGACGCGCGGCGGAGAUUGGACGAGGAAUCACGGCGACGACGGCGAAGCUCCGGAGAUUAGCAGAACUUGCCAAACGGAAGACCCUCUUUGACGACAGGCCGGUCGAGAUUUCCGAGUUGACCUAUGUCAUCAAGCAGGACCUUGCGUCGCUAAAUCAACAGAUUGCCUCAUUGCAAGCACUCACACUUUCACAACAUCCGAAAUCCAACCGGUCAAAAACGGAUCAGGAGGGGGAGCACAAUGAUAAUGUUGUCGUCAUGUUACAAGGGAAACUGGCAGACGUGGGUGCAAAUUUCAAGGAUGUCCUCGAGGUCCGCACCAAGAACAUCCAAGCAUCGCGAUCACGGACAGAAAACUUCGUCUCAUCCGUUUCGUCCAAGUCACAGGCUGCUCUUGACCCACAGCGGUCUGAUUCUCCGCUAUAUCCUUCUGGGCGAAGAACACCGCAGCCCGGAGGCUCCUCGGAUCUUUUAACUCUGGAGCCGUCAAAUCCCUCUCCUCUAGGCCGUCCGUCCAUGCAGUCUGACCAGCAACUUUUGAUGAUGGAGGAGGCUGAGUCAAGUAACUCGUACAUACAGUCUCGUGGCGAAGCAAUCGACGCAAUCGAGCGGACAAUCAACGAGCUAGGAGGCAUCUUUGGUCAGCUAGCGCAAAUGGUCAGCGAACAGUCUGAGAUGAUCCAGCGGAUAGAUGCCAACACAGAAGAUGUGGUGGACAACGUCCAAGGAGCACAGCGCGAACUAAUGAAGUACUGGACACGAGUAUCGGGAAACCGAUGGCUAAUCGCUAAGAUGUUUGGAGUUUUAAUGAUUUUCUUCCUCCUCUGGGUAUUGAUCUCAGGAUAGAUGCACAUACUACUUGUUUUAAUAAUGUAUUACUAUUGGGCUGCGUUUCGUAUCUACCUUUCAACGAAUGACGCAUAUCCUAUCAGUAUCCCUUGGUGCUCUUUCAUUCUUGCUUUGUCUUGCAAUUGGCGCACCUAGAUCUCAACACGAAUUUUAGGUACCUAACACUGACCAGUGAAUUUCUCUUCUUUGUUCGGCUUUUCUCUGGUGUAUACCUAUGAAGAGUGAAUCCCAUAGAUCGAGGUC